AUGUCCAACAAAAACAACGCCACCACCACCCCCGAAAACUUCCCUGCCGCAGGCCUCGCGGGCGAUGGGUGGUCUACAGAUGACGAGGCCACAGCAACAUGUUACUGCGGCGCUGUGCAACUCAAAUUCCCAACACAUGGCCCGGGUCUCGUGAACACAUUCGUCUGCCACUGUACCGACUGCCACAAAAUCACCGCAUCCAUGUUCGCGUCCAACUUCACCGUCCUGGACACGCAUCUCACGCAUGUAAGAGGCAAAGAGAACCUCAAGGAAUUCGCGCAAAACGAAACCAUUGUGAAGAACCAUCUGAUGACGAAUUAUUUCUGCGGAACUUGCGGAACGCUCAUGUACCGCGUCGGCUCGGCUUUCCCGGGCCAAUCCAUCCUCCGACUCGGAACCGUCGACGAUUUCAGCUUGAUGGAGACCAAGUUGCGGCCGAAACACGAGGUCUUUGUAGAGAGCCGCGUUAGUUGGAUCAGUGGGGUGGAAGGGGCGAAGCAGAGGGGAGGUGCUGCUAGGCAGGCCGCAGAUAUGUUCGCGAGAGAGGGGAAGAGGGAUGGAGGCGAGAAGCUCUAA